AUGGGUAGCAAGCUGUCCCCAUUGCUAGCGGACCUCUUCAUGAGCGAUUUUGAGAACCAAGCUCAAAAGAAGAAGUUGUUUCCCAGGAUCUGGUGGCGCUACGUUGAUGAUGUUUUUGCUCCGGUUAAAGAACGAUACCUGGAUCAAACGUUGAGCAUGUUAAACUCCCAACACAAUACGAUUAAAUUUACCGUAGAGAAGGAAGUAGAAGGGAGACUCCCCUUUCUCGAUCUGUUGAUCAGUAGAAAAGAAGACAGCACGUUGAAAUUCGGGAUCUACCGCAAGCCUACCUCCACCGACAGAUACAUCACUUCGGAUUCCAAUCACUUCGGUGCCCAGAAACAAGCCGCUUUCCACUCUAUGGCACACCGGUUGUUCAACGUACCCAUGGCGAAGGAAGAGUUUGAAGAAGAGAAAGACCGUAUUUAUUCAGCAGCCGAAGUGAAUGGGUACGACAAGCCUUUUGUGGAUAAAAUCAUCCGAAAACAUAAGCGAAAAACACAGCGCAACAGUAUAACUACCCUACAGCCGGACACCAAAGAAGUAAAAAGAGUAAGCCUGCCAUUCUACCCGAAAAUAACGAACCCCAUAAAAACCACACUUCAUCGACAAGGGUUACACGUUGUUCACAAAAGUGAGAACACUCUGCGUGACCUGCUUUGCAACCUCAAAGACAAGGUUCCACCUGACGAGCAGUCUGGCAUAUACCAGAUUCCCUGCAAAGACUGUCCGGCGGUUUACAUUGGACAAACCCGCCGAAAAGUCAAAGUCCGCAUAAGGGAACAUAAGAACGCCGUGGUGUCUAAGAAGAGCAACGAAUCGAGCGUGGCGGCUCAUACGGUGGAAACCGACCACGAAAUAGAUUGGGGAAGUGCAAAGAUCGUUAAAACAACUAAGCGGGAGCUGGACUUCACCAUCACAUCGACCGUCACCCAGAGAGAGAAACAGUUCCCGUUUCCGACUCUACAGCCGAAAGUAGUCGACUCUCAACAAAAAGGCAUCCCUUCCACCGAGCAUCACAAGAUUGCGAAGCGAUAG